AUGGAGGGCGAUAUGAAGCUGGGGCAGCUGGCACCGGAGCAGUCAGUGCAGCUCUGUAUCAUGGUGCAUGGCAUGGGAGGUACUGAUGCAGAUUGGGACACCUGGGUCGAUGUGCUGAAGAACCUCUAUCCACAUUGGAUCUUAUGGCCGUUGCAAAAGAUGGCAGCAGGCUGCAGGUUCAUGAGCAAAGAUUUGCGCGAGCUUUCUGCCAUGGCGGCAACAGAGGUUCUGGAGGUUAUACAAGAGCAGAGGAGGGAUAUGAGCUCGAACACAAAGGUUGUCCUGCAUUGCAUAGGCCAUUCGAUGGGAGGCUUGAUCAUCCGUGGAGCACUGCCUAGAAUAGUCGAGGAGUUUGAUGGCUCAAUUGAGCUGGGUCACUAUCUCUCCCUUUCAUCUCCGCACCUCGGUAUACAGUCCAGCUGGCUGCAACCUUUGCAUGCUUGGCGAAACCUGUGUUGGCUCUCCUGGCCCUUUUCCAAGCAGCUGUCACAGCUUGCGAUUCAAGACUGCUCGUCCAAUCCAUUCCUGUUCGAGAUCAGCAAAUCUGAAGAGGAACACAUGAGUGUUUUGGGACAAUUUCAAGAGCGAACCUGCGUGUCUGUUGCUUUUGGAGAUCCUUUAAUUCCUGUUGCCUCCGGGCUCAUUGAUCCCGAAGUGCUCUUGACGAGUCACAGCAUGGUGGACAUGUCCUUUUGGCACUUGCGCUUUGACGAGUCCUUCUCCGAACAGAUGGUGGGGAUGGAACACAAGGAGGCCACAGGAUGGUUGAAGAUUCCAGCGACAAUGCUCGCUGCGAUGCAGCUUCUCUUGAACAUUGUCUUCCGAAUUCUCGUAGCGAUUACAUCAUUGGGCAGUCUUGCCAGGACACCCAUCAGCAGAAUUAAUCUCAUGGAUAAGGUGAGCAUGAGCCCAAAGACUCCAUCAAGCCCAGCAAGUCCGUCCAAGUCACUCUCCUGGGCAUUUUCCAAGGAUCUGAAAUGCAAAUUUCCCGAAGAAAUCUACGAUGGACUUGUCUCAGUGCCAUGGCGCCGGGUCGUUGCUCAUGCCCAUCAUCGUUUGAUCGCCAAGAAUAUGCAUGUGUUCCUCAUCGGCAAACAUGCUGAACAGUUUGCUCACGAGAGUCGCGGCUGA